CAGUUUACAUCAUUGUUCCAGAACCGUCGUCUCCCCGCUGGCUGGUACUAGCAGCACCAGAGUAUAUAAGCAAGCAAGUGGCAGACAUAAAACAGCUUCCGAGUCGAGUGCAGAACUCUGCGAGUGAGAUUCUAGAGAGAGCAAUGGACGUGACUAUCCAACAGCCCUGGAACCGCCGCUUCGGCCCGUUCUCUUUCCCCAGCCAAAUCUGCGACCAACACUUCGGACAGCCCAUCCCUGAGAGCAACAUGCUGCCUCCGUACGCCUCCCUGUACUACCCCCGGCUCUCCUUCCCCCGUUGGCCCAGCUGGGUGGAGACUGGACUCUCUGAGAUGCGGAUGGAGAAGGACCGUUUCACAGUCAGCCUGGAUGUGAAGCACUUUUCCCCAGAAGAGCUGUCUGUCAGGGUUAACGGAGACUUCAUCGAGAUCCACGCCAAACAUGAAGAAAAACAGGACGACCACGGUUUUGUGUCCCGCGAGUUCCAGAGGAAGUACAAGGUGCCAGCGGGAGUGGAGCAAGCCAACAUCACCUCCUCCCUGUCCGGCGAGGGCGUCCUCACCGUCAUCGCCCCACGCAAGCCCUCCGACGUGCCUGAACGCAGCAUCCCCAUCACCUGUGACGACAAGCCCGCCGACGGGCCAAAGUAGAGCCUCCAGCGCAGCACCUGGAAGCAUGGAAGUGGAGUUCUCCCCUGUUCUGUUCUGUGGAGAUGGGCUACUUAGUCGAGAUAAGCUACCAAUAUGCUGUUAACAUAGCCCCAAAACCAAAGGCACACACAUCUUAGGGAUACUACUGAGAUGUGUUGUAAUGGCUUGGUAGUUUGACUCGACGGGUAGUUCAUGUCAACAUGGCACCCCAUCCCCCCCACCCCACCUCUCAGCUUUGCCACCGCUGUGCAACCUGUCACCUGUUCCCAUCUUCCUGCCCUAACAUGCUCCCCCACCCAGUUUUCUCAUAUACACACUUCCAGGUGCCUUAGACAUUAGGUCUUUGCAUCAUAUCCACCCUUGAUAUGAUGUGAAUGUGUCUUCUAAAAUAACCUACCUGUUAGAAAUGGUCAAUGUGGAAAAGGCAUCAGGAGGAAAAAGGUAGAGAGACAUUUUUUGUCGUGAUAAAAGGUCAUAAGAGCUGAAAGAUCGGAGUGAAGUCUAAGAUCUGGAGACAGUGCCAUCCAUAGCUGUCAUUGUAAAAUGGCACCAAAACCGUAUACAAUUUAAAUGUUGGGACAACUUUUCAGCAUUGAAGACAGAUUCCAUUGAAAGGGUGUUAAAGAAGUGCAGAGAUGAGAAACUGACUAUUAAUUAGCAUCGGACCCUUUGUCUGUCACCACACAGACACACAGCUGUGGGAUUAUGUUUGUCUGUAUGUGUGUUUGUUUAUAGACAUUAAUGGAUAUUUUUGCAUUAAUGCCUAUCAGUCUUUCUCUGGGUGAACACCCUCUGCAACACUGAGAUAUUUAUUUAUAUAUGUCAGACUUUCUACAUUUUACUCGCUCUAUUUUGAUUCCUCAAUUCCACCGUAAUGUACCUUUAUUUAAUAUUUCUAUUUUUACACAAAUUUAGGAUUGUGGAAAAAAACAAACAAACAUGGAAUUGAAAUUUCAACCUACUGUAGAUUCUGAACCAUUUCAAAAUGUGAUAUAUCGAUUUUGCUUUUGCUUAACAUUCCUAUCUAUUUGAUAUUAACCAUUGCCUGGUAUCCUGUGUAAUCAUCACAUGCAUAAUAAAAUCUCUCAAGUAAAAGAAAACAAA